AUGGCCUCUGUUCAUCUUUGUCACCCUUGUGGUAUGCUUGAUGGGUACUUGAAGUCUUCAGGGCUUAACCCACCUUGGGAAUAUCACUUACAACCAAGUAGCGUCUGGGUUUUGGAUCAGCAGCUUGAUCAGCCCAUGGAUGAGGAGGCUAAAAGGCUUAGAAAUAUGUACACGGAAAAGAAAUAUUCGACAUUAAUGCUUCUGCAGCUUGCAUUUCAAAGCCUUGGUGUGGUGUAUGGAGAUUUAGGCACAUCUCCUCUGUAUGUUUUCUACAACACAUUUCCUGAUGGAAUUGGUGACCCAGAGGAUUUAAUCGGAGCUUUAUCGGUUAUUAUCUACUCCCUCACUCUUAUUCCACUCCUCAAGUAUGUUUUUAUUGUCUGCAGAGCAAAUGACAAUGGUCAAGUGCUAAUAGUGCAGUUCAUUUGUUCUUCCCUUCCCAUUCUCUUAAGGCUGAAUCAAGACUGCCCUUAUUUCUGCUUUCCUUUGGGAAAGUUGAUGGCAGAUUUUCUUCCUGAUGGUGGAACAUUUGCUCUUUAUUCACUACUCUGUCGACAUGCAAAAAUUAAGGCUAUUUCUAACCAAGACCAGACGGAUGAGGCACUAACAACAUAUAGCCGUUCUACAUUUGAUGAGCAAUCAUUCACUGCAAGAACCAAAAGAUGGUUGGAGGGACAUGCAUUAACGCAGAGCACACUUCUUAUUCUUGUUCUAGUUGGCUCUUGCAUGGUGAUUGGGGAUGGGAUUCUGACUCCAGCCAUAUCAGUUCUGUCAGCAGUUGGUGGGAUCAACGUGGGGCACUCUAAGAUUAGUAAUGAGGUGGUUGUGCUUGUUGCUGUUGUUAUACUGGUACUUUUGUUUACCAUGCAACACCAUGGUACAGAUAAAGUUGGUUGGCUGUUUGCACCCAUUGUACUCCUUUGGGGAGGAAAAGGUGGGUGGACAUCUCUCGGAGGUAUUAUGCUUAGUAUAACAGGAACAGAAGCACUUUUUGCUGACCUAUCCCAUUUCCCAGUCUCGUCCAUACAAAUUGCUUUCACAUUAGUUGUAUUUCCAUGCCUUCUAUUGGCCUACUGUGGUCAAGCUGCAUACCUCAUGAAAAAUUCAAAUAACGUGAUUGGUGCUUUUUAUCAUUCCAUUCCAGACAACAUAUAUUGGCCUGUGUUUAUUGUUGCAACUGCAGCUGCUGUUGUUGCAAGUCAGGCCACCAUAACUGCAACUUUUUCAUUAAUCAAGCAGGCCCUUGCACUAGGCUGUUUCCCAAGAGUCAAAGUCGUACACACAUCUAGGAAGUACCGUCACCAGAUUUAUAUUCCAGAAAUUAAUUGGAUUGUUAUGAUUCUCUGCAUUGUCGUGACAGCUGGGUUUAAAAAUCAAAACCAAAUUGGCAAUGCCUCUGGUGAGUUUAACCAGAUGGACAGCGGUUUGUGUAGUCAUGUUGGUAACCACACUGCUUAUGAUUUUAGUCAUGAUAUUAGUGUGGCGCUGCCACUGGAUUCUUGUCCUGAUUUUCACUGGCUUAUCAUUGGUUGUGGAGGGCACUUACUUUUCUGCUGUGCUCCUCAAGGUCAUCAAGGUGGCUGGGUUCCUCUUGUGAUCGCAACAGCCUUCUUUAUCAUCAUGUAUGUUUGGCAUUAUGGGACAGUAAAACGGUUUGAGAUUGAGAUGCAUAGUAAGGUUUCCAUGGCAUGGAUUCUUGGACUUGGUCCCAGUUUAGGACUGGUUCGGGUACCUGGGAUAGGCCUUGUGUACACUGAGCUAGCAAGCGGAGUGCCCCGCAUCUUCUCUCAUUUUAUCACCAACCUACCCGCCAUCCAUUCUGUUGUUGUCUUUGUCUGCGUGAAGUACCUUCCUGUCUGGACAGUACAAGAGGAAGAGCGGUUCCUUGUAAAGCGGAUCGGACCCAAGAAUUUCCACAUGUUCCGUUGUGUUGCAAGGUAUGGCUAUAAAGACGACCAUAAAAGGGAUGAUGAUUUUGAGAAAAAGCUCUUUCAAAGCCUUUUCAUGUUUGUCCGGCUUGAGUACCUGAUGGAAGCGUCUUCAGACUCUGAUUUAUCUAGUUUACUUGACCAACAAACUAAGCAAUCAGGAGAUGGCCUGUUUUGUAAUAGCAGCAAUAUGCUUCAUUCCAAUGUGAACCGGUCAAUUGCGUCAGGGGACUCGAUCGUGCCUGAUGAUUCUCCAUUGCAUGCAAACAACAUUACCUCCUCCAUUCCGGCAAGCAACCAGGUUGGAACCGAUGAUGAGGUGGAAUUCUUGAACAACUGUAGAGAUGCAGGGGUGGUGCACAUACUGGGAAACACUGUAAUUGAAGCUAGGAGGGAAUCAAAGUUUUGGAAGAAGAUAGCUAUUGAUUACCUAUAUGCAUUUCUUAGGAAGAUGUGUAGGGAAAACAGUGUAAUGUUCAACGUUCCUCAUGAGAGCCUCUUGAAUGUUGGGCAGGUAUUCUAUGUGUAG